AGAGCCUUAUUUUCAGAGAGAGACAGAGAGACGGUGGAAAUCAGUGAUUGCAAGGAUGCAGAUCUUCGUGAAAACCCUAACAGGGAAAACCAUAACCCUCGAGGUUGAAUCGAGCGAUACCAUCGACAAUGUCAAGGCCAAGAUCCAGGACAAGGAAGGUAUUCCACCGGACCAGCAGAGACUGAUCUUCGCCGGAAAGCAGCUCGAGGAUGGCCGUACUCUUGCCGACUACAAUAUUCAGAAAGAAUCGACUCUUCAUCUGGUUCUGAGGCUUCGUGGUGGCAUCAUUGAGCCUUCUCUAAUGGCAUUGGCUAGGAAAUACAACCAGGACAAAAUGAUCUGUCGCAAGUGUUAUGCACGCUUGCAUCCUCGUGCUGUGAACUGCAGGAAGAAGAAGUGUGGACACAGCAACCAGCUGAGGCCAAAGAAGAAGAUCAAGUAGAGUGUUUAUCACAAGGUUGGAAUCCUGCAACUAAUGUUAGGGUCCUCUAUGUUUUGCUUGGAUGAUAUAGCAUUAAGACUUUCAAUUCAACUAUGAGACAUUUAAUAUGAGACAUUUAUAAUACUCUGAAGUCAUUGUUAACUUUCUUUCUGAGCUUUGGGAUUGUUUGUAGUGUAAUCUUAUUUUGCUUGCUUUGACAAGUGAUUUUGACA